AGGCGGUGCUUGUGCUUUGACAGGAGGGAUCCUCAGUCGCCCACUAACUCUGCCCUGCACUAGUUCACGGCUUCCACUCCGCUGAAUCUGCUGCCUCCAUUUGAAUUUAAAGGCCACUUUGCUUCUCACCCGAAAGCAGGAUCGUAAACCGUUUAUAGGGCUGUACCACGACGCUCUUAAAAAAAAACAAAAACAAAACAACGGCGUUUCGGAGGAAAGGCAGACGGUUAGUGCACAAGCAGGCACCAUGUCCACCCCCACAAACCCAGAGGUGAAGGAACUGAGCCCUGUCGACUUUAUCCAGCUACAGCAGUAUAUUGAAUACUGCAGCCUGAAAGUGAAAGAUGUGCUGAAGGAAUUUGAUGCAGAUGGGAGACUGGCCCAGCAUCGACAUGGAGAGUGCGUCAAUGAAGAAGGCUUUCGUCUGUUCUUGAAGACUUAUUUAGAAGUGGAGGACUUCCCUGUGGAUCUCUGCCAGAGACUCUUCCGCUCCUUCCAAAACUCUGAACCCACCCAGGAAGACAGCACCAAGGAGGUUUUCCUCAAGGAUGUUUCAUGUUACUUCUCUCUGCUAGAGGAUGGCCAGCCCAGAGACAAAUUAGAAUUUGCUUUCAGGCUUUAUGACAGAGAUAAUAACGGAGUCCUCGACAGCUCUGAAGUUGAUCGGAUCAUUGCCCAGAUGAUGCAUGCUGCAGAAUAUCUUGACUGGGAUGUGUCAGAGCUCAAGCCGGUUCUGAAGGACAUGAUGACAGCGAUUGAUGCUGACAGCAGUGGAACAGUUUCUAUGGAUGAGUGGGUAGAAGGAGGCAUGAACAACGUUCCCUUGCUCGUCUUGCUGGGUUUGAAGAUGACCCAAACAGACGGACAACACCUUUGGAGGAUGAAGCAUUUUAACAAGCCGGUGUACUGCAAUGUAUGUCAGAGUUUGCUGCUGGGUUUGAGGAAGCAAGGCCUGUGCUGCACCUGUUGCAAAUACACAGUCCAUGGACGCUGUGCUAACAGGAACCCAGCUCCUUGCACCAGGACGUACGUGAAGUCAAAGAAAGAAACAGGGGUUUCAGCGCACGACUGGGUGAGUGGGAACUGUGAUUCAAGGAAGUGUGAUAGAUGCCAAAAGAAGAUCAAGAGCUUCCAAGGCUUAACAGGCAAACACUGUGUGUGGUGUCACACAAUGCGCCAUGACGAAUGUGCAGACAAGGAGCCAGCAGAGUGUACCUGUGGGCUGCUCCGAGACCAUAUCCUGCCUCCAUGGGCAAUAUAUCCUGUCGUAAAGGAGAGACCAAACAACAUGAAAAAUGGCUCCUCAGGAUCAGCAGAAGACAGCGACCUCAAUAUUACUCCUGAUGGACAAGUGCUUCAGAUCAGCGCUGUGCCAAACACCCAUCCUCUUCUAGUGUUUGUCAACCCUAAAAGUGGUGGCAAGCAGGGAGAAAGAGUCCUGCGUAAAUUUCAGUAUUUACUGAACCCACGGCAGGUAUACAACCUUUCCAAUGGUGGUCCUGGACCAGGACUGAGUUUCUUCAGAAAUCUGCAGGACUACAGAAUCUUGGUGUGCGGUGGAGACGGCACUGUUGGCUGGAUUUUAGAUGCAAUAGACAAAGCCAAUCUGCUGGUACGACCACCUGUUGCUGUGCUUCCUCUAGGCACAGGAAAUGACCUCGCACGAUGUCUGCGUUGGGGAGGAGGUUAUGAUGGUGAAGAUCUGAGUCGUAUUCUUAAAGACAUUGAGGGGAGUUCUCAAGUGCUAAUGGACCGCUGGAGCGUGCAAGUUAUCACAGAUGAGGAUCAGGAAGGUGACCCUGUACCAUAUGAAAUCAUUAACAACUACUUCUCUAUUGGAGUUGAUGCCUCCAUUGCUCACCGGUUUCACACAAUGAGGGAGAAACAUCCUCAGAAAUUCAACAGCAGAAUGAAGAACAAGUUGUGGUAUUUUGAAUUUGCCACUUCAGAAACCAUUUCUGCUUCCUGCAAGAAACUCAACGAAAGUCUUACAAUUGAGUGCUGUGGCACUCCGUUGGAUCUCAGUGGCCUGUCUAUGGAGGGGGUUGCAGUCCUUAACAUCCCCAGCAUGCAUGGUGGCUCCAACCUGUGGGGUGAGACCAAAAAAGGGGACACUAAGGCACUGACAAGUCAAGAGGAGCCUAAUGUGAUAAUCAACCCUGAGAUUUUGAAAGUGACUUCCCAAGAUCUCAGUGACCGUCGGUUAGAGGUUGUCGGCCUCGAAGGAGCCAUGGAGAUGGGGCAGAUUUACACUGGCCUCAAGAGUGCUGUUCGGCUUGCAAAAAGUUCACAGAUCACCAUAAGGACAAAGAAAGCAUUACCUAUGCAGAUAGAUGGAGAGCCAUGGAUGCAGCCCCCCUGCACGAUUCACAUCACACACAAGAAUCAAGCCUGUAUGCUGAUGGCUCCUCAGGCCAAAUCAUCAGGUUUUUUCACCUCCAAAUAAAACCAACUAAAUUAGUGCAUGUGUUUAAUGUGAACGUGUAGGACUGAGACUUUAUUUUUAUUUCACACACACACACACACACACACACACACACACACACACACACACACACACACACACACACACACACACACACACACACACAACACAUAUAUAUAUAUAUAUAUAUAUAGCAUGUAUGGUAUGAAUACAAACAAUUUUAUGGUGAAGUAUAUUUGCGUUAUGGCAAAAUGAUUUUGACCAAAUUUUUUCAGUGUUUUUAUUGAUAGCUUCCACUUUGCUGUCUGCGCUUCACAAUUAAUGGAAGUGCUGCUGUGUAGGAACCUAAAUCAAGGUUAGUGUAUAUUAAAUAUGCUAAGUGAAGAAUAUCUGGCUUCAUGUGCCUUUAUGAUCUGCUCUCGCUGGCUGUGGUUAGGUGGAAGACAGUCGAGGCGCUGUACGUGUAUGAACUUUGAGCAUAGACCAUGUAGUAUUUUGUUGUGCCUGUAAAUAUGCUCUAAAAGCCAAAUAUAAAUCCAAGUCAAUUCAGAACCAAGAGCAAUGGAAAGACAAGACUACAUCUCAAAAUGAGACUGAGGUUAUUUGACUUUUUUCUGUAAUUUUAGAAAAUACUUGAAAGCAUUUUGGGGAACAGAAAAAAAAACCACGACAGUCAGCCUUCUGUUUCUCUGUGUGCAUGUGUUCACAAAGUCUUUCUAUCUUUAUAUGGACCAAUAGUGGUUUCUGUGUGUGUGUGUGUGUGUGUGUGUGUGUGUGUGUGUGUGUGUGUGAGGGCGGAGAGCUACUGACUGAAUUUAUAAGUUGGAUUUAAAAUGAUGGGCCCAGCCCACUUUUAUUGGAUGUAAUCUUUAUUUAAAUGCUUUAUCAUUCAUAUCAUUUAAAUAUAUCUUAAAGAUGUAAAUGUAAUAUGCCUGAAAUAACUGUAACAAUUUUAAUAAAUCAUCUGAACUUC